AUGCACAUCCCCCUCCUCCCCAUAACCCUAACCCUCCUCCUCCCCUUGACAACCGCAACCCCCCUCACCCCCAACCCCACGAAUCAUUCCCAAAAAACAGCAGCAACAGCAACAAUAACCAACAAAUGCCCCUUCGCAAUCUACCUAACACCAGUAUCCUCAACCCCAUCACCAGCCGAAAUAACCCUCCCCCCCCACCAAAACUACACCGAACCCUACCGCCACGACCCGGUGACGGGGGGCAUCAGCCUGAAGCUGACGACGGUGGCGCACGGGCUGUACACGGGAGCGGCGCAGACGAUCUUCGCGUAUAACUAUCUCGAGGACGCGGGCCAGGUGUGGUUUGAUUUGUCCGAUGUGUUUGGGGAUCCGUUUGCUGGGUGGAGGGUGCGGUUGGGGCCCAUUUUUGUUAAUGGGGGGAAUAAUGGCACUGGGAAUGGGAAUAAUGGUACUGGGAAUGGGGCGGCGGAGACGAUUGUUUGGGAGGAUGGGGUUCCGCCUAGGGGCAGUCAGGUUCGGGUUGUGAGUUCGGAGGUUGGGUUGGGGUUGGGGGUUUGUGUUUAA